GGCAGCAUCCGGUAUGUUUCCGUUAAUGCUUCUGAGUUUCUACGGCGUACAAGCGGUGCUCGACGAGCCUCACACACUGGUAUAUUACUACACCCUGAACCAUGGGAAUGAUGACUUACCAGAAUAUAUUGUCGUGGGUGUCCUGGAUGGCUGUGUGAUACAUUAUUAUGACAAAAAAAUGGAAAAGGCAGUUCCAAGACAGGAAUGGAUGGCGAAUUCAUUUGACAAGACUUACUGGACAAGUAUUGCCGUCACCCUAUCACCUUUCCAUGUAAUCAUCAAGGGGCAGCUCGAUGGAUGGCUGCGAGAGGUUAACGAAACAGCAAAUUAUCACUAUGUUCAAGGGCAGUUUGGUUGUGAGGUGAAGGAUGCUCGAGCCAAUGCAUUGAUACUGAAGCUGGCUUUUGAUGGAGAAUACAUACUUAGUUUUGAUAAUGAGAAACUAGAUUGGAUUGCACAUUGUCCAGAAGCUCAGUUCCUCAAGGAAAGAUGGGAUGAUAACGAAAAAAUGAACCAAAGAUUCAAGAAUCUGUUAGAAAUGAAUUGUGUGGAUCUAUGGAAGAGAUAUCAUUCAAUUGGAAAUGCAUACCUAACCAGAAAAAUAACCCCUGAGGUCAUUGUUGCUGCCCGUCCUGGUGAGCAUUGGUUUCUCCACUGCUACGUGUUUGGAUUUUAUCCAACGGCCAUCAACGUGAGCUGGUUCCGGAAUGGGCAACAUGUUUCCGAGACGAAAUCUACUGGGAUAUUACCCAAUGAAGAUGGAACAUAUCAACUCCGUUCUAUCCUUGAGUUUGAUCCGUUUGAUGGGAAAGAGUAUUCUUGUCGUAUUGAUCACAGCAGCCUUCCGGGUGGUAAGACGGUUAUCUGGGAAGGAAAUCAGAUGAAACAGAGGUACAUAGCGUUGAUUGCCGUGUUUGUUCUGAUAUCGUUGGUCAUCAUCUUCACAGUAAUUAUUUGGUGGAGAAAGAAAGACGUGGGGCUUCGUGAAGUCAUUGGGUGCUGUAAAUUAUCAACAUCUCCAAGGAUCUAUCCUGGUCCCAGCGCAUAGCUGAAACUACAAAGAAGGCGGGCCAGCGUCUCUACAUUCUUGGAAGUUUAAGGUGAUUCUGCAUGUUAUCGACGGAUCUGACAAACAUUCACAGAUGUACAGUGGAAAGCCUUCUGUUUGGUUGCAUUACGGCCUGGUAUGAAAACUCCAAUGAACAGUGGUGUACUUAGCUUGUUCCAUCACAGGUGCAGCUCUCCGCACUAUCGCGGACAUUUGCAAGAAGGAAUUGCUCAAGAAGGCGACAUCAAUCAUCAGCAUCCCCGCUAUCCCGACCAUAUCCGCUUUCGAUGAUGCGAUCAGACAGUAGAUGCAGGAGCGUGAAGACCCACUCCUCAAAGUUCAAAGGCAGCUUCUUCCCCACUGUCAUUAGGAUCUUAAACAAACUGUAAAAAAAAACUUAACACGACCUCGGACUGUAUUGGGAAAUUGUUAAGGAGUAUUUUUGCGUAGAGUGCUCUCGGGGCAGCCUGCAAAUGUCUCUAGGCUUCCGGCGCCAACAAAGCCUGCCCAUAACUUCAAAAUCUGUACGUCUUUAGAAUGUGGAAGGAAACCGACGCACCCAGAGGAAACCCACAAAUACACGGGAAGAACGUACAAACCCCUUACAGUCUGUGGCCGGACUUGAACCCAGGUUAUUGGCGCCGUAAUAGCAUUGUGCUAACCACUAUACUGACUGAGGAAUGUUUUGACGAUAAUGCGCCAAAGCAUAGUGAAAUUCAA